AUGGAAGGGGCGGAGAUCAACAAGUCGCUGCUCGCGCUCAAGGAGUGCAUUCGAGCGCUCGGGAUGGGGAAAAGCCACGUGCCCUUCCGCGGCUCCAUCCUGACGGAGGUCCUGCGGGACUCCUUUACGGGAAAUAGCCGCACGACGAUGAUCGCGACCAUCUCGCCAACGGCCCAGCAUUGCGUGAAUACCAUCAACACAAUGCGGUAUACGCAGCGAGUCAAAGACCUCGGCGGCGGCGGGGGGAAGGUUGAGCAGGUCCCGAUCAUAGUCCCGUCCGGCGGCGGCGGGCGUCGGGUCAAACGAAAGCCCUUCGAGGCCGCCCCGCCGAUUCGAAAUCGGCCGGAGUGGGUUAGCGACUUCGCCCCGCCAGAUUCGAACGCGGAGAUGGUCAGCAAUAAUAAUAAUCUAAACAACGGAAUGGCGGAGGUAGAACCCCCUCAGCAGGUCACCCUGGCGGGAGGGGCGGCCGUGCGGUCGCCCGCGGGCCGCCAAUGGCGGGCGUCGAACGCGAACAACAUCAAUAAUAAUGCGCGGGAGGAUCACCAUCGUGGGGGCCGAGGGGCGGUGCGGAUUCGCGUGAAGGAUCCGAAGAUCGCGACGAUAGUGCAAAACCAUAUCGUGGCGCUCGAACAGGCCUACGACGACGAUGACGACGAGGAGGAGGAGGAAGUUGGGAAUAACGCGAGUAGUAAUACCCACCACGAGGGCGGUGAGAUUCACAGAAACGCCGGAAACGUAAACGGCGGCGCGGCGCUGCGGAAGGAUGAGGAAUGGCAGGUGCGAAAGGUCCACGCCCACGUCGUGGAGGAAAUCGGCAAGGCGGAGGAAAAGCUCGUCGCGCUCCACCGCCGCCAUAUCGACUCCAAGAUGACUGGGAUUAAGGAUGAGAUACGCGCUAUUCAGUCCUUUGAGGAGUCCGAUUCAGUCGACGAAUACGUCAACAAGGUGCGGAAUCUUUUGGAAAAGCAAAAGGCAGAUAUGGAUCAGAUAGUCAAGAUGCUCAUCUCUAUUAGUGAUAUGCUAAAAGAUGAAGAAGAUCUAUCAAAAACAUUGAAUUCGACAAAUAAGACACGUUAA